AAAGGGACGGGGCUUUUCAGCAGCGCCUUCAUGGAUCGUCGUGUUUGUCUUUCACGGAGCGCAUCGGCAACAUGAACCACCUGCUGCAGGGAGCCGUCCUGCUGGCCACGCUGGCCCCGCGCGCCGCAGCUCAAGAGAUGCUGGCUCCACCUGGACAGGUGAGGUUCGAGUCCACAGACUACAAGAACGUCCUGCACUGGGCCGCGCCCACCAACAGCUCCUGCCUGCAGUACCACGUCCAGUACAAGAUUUACGGCGAGCUGGACUGGCUGAACGCCAGCAACUGUCAGGGCAUCCAGAAGCACCACUGCGACCUCAGCGGCGCCACCUCCGACGUCAGAGAGUGGUACUACGCCCGGGUGCGAGGGUCGUGUGUGGCCACCAGCAGCAAAUCGGCCUGGGCCUUGUCCCGCAGAUUCAGCCCCCGCUGGGACACCAAAAUCAGCCCCCCCACGGUGAGGCUGAACUCGUCCAAGCAGGGCGUCGUGGUCCAAGUGAAAGCCUCCAGAGUGUUGAUGCGCAAGGUGCACAACGGAGUGGACAACAACAUCUACGUCGUCCACCCCUCCGGAAAGGAGGACGUCUACGCGGUGGCGAGCGGCUCCAGGCUGACUCUGACAGAACUGAAGCCCAGGACGCACUACUGCGUCCAAGCACAGACAGUCAUCCCCCGGCACAUGAAGAGCAGCGACCGCAGCGCUGCCAAGUGCAUCACCAUGGACUGAUCGCGCACAGACGCCGGUUGACUCGAGUCGUCUCGUCCUCACCCCUACCUCCACGGCUGCAGUCACGGGUGUCUGAACUCGGAGAACUGGCGCGAUUAAUCGAAUCGCUCGAGGAGCAUUUCUUCAUUUUAAAGUCUGUUGCUAAACUUGAACAUUUCUAAAUUGACAUUUUUGGAGCGUUUUCUGCUGAGGAUCACUGUGAAAGUCAUUUCUUUGUGACGUUAUUGUUCAAAGUUUGGUUAUUUAAUUUAGUUUUUUUUUUUGGAAGCUGAAGCAUUUUAUCCACUGAAAUAUUUAUGCACAAGUUUAACAUAUUUUUGAGGAAGCAACCUCUAGCAUUUUGUUUGUGUCUCAAACAAAUGAGAACCAAUGAAUGUUCCUGGACGUUUUGAAAAUAAAAACUACCAGAGCUUCUGUUUGAGUUUAAAAACUGGUGACAUUUUAUACCUCAUGUUUGUCCUGCAUGCAUCAACUCACUAAUAAAAGGAUCCAUUUCCUCUUUUUAAAAGUUAA